GCGUAGCUGCUGCGAGCCGGCAAACCAGGUUGCGAGAGUAGCCGCUCAGUGAGUUAGAGAUAAGAGGAUUAAGGCUUGUGCCGUCUUUUCCCUUCCAGGGCUCCGCUUUAUUUGCUCUCAGAAAUCGGUUUUCUUUUCUGAGUUAAGAAUCUGAAAUAAACAAGAAAGCACAAUGUCUUCAAUGUGGUCUGAAUAUACAAUUGGUGGAGUGAAAAUUAAUUUUCCUUAUAAAGCUUAUCCAUCACAGCUUGCUAUGAUGAAUUCUAUUGUCAGAGGAUUAAAUAGUAAACAACAUUGUUUGUUGGAGAGUCCCACAGGAAGUGGAAAAAGCUUAGCUUUACUUUGUUCUGCCUUAGCAUGGCAACAAUCUCUUAGUGGGAAGCCAGAGGAUGAGGGCUUGUGUAAAAAGGCUGAAGUACCAUCGUCAUGUUGUUGUACAUGCCAUUCAAGGAAUUUUGCAAAUGAUGACAUGAACCAGGAAACUUCACAUCAUUUCAACAAUUCAAGUACACCACCUUCUGAAGGAAAUGGCACUUUAUCAGCUUGUCAAGACUCUCCUGAAAAAACCACUCUGGCUGCAAAGUUAUCUGCCAAGAAACAGGCAUCCAUGUACAGAGAUGAAAAUGAUGAUUUUCAAAUAGAGAAGAAAAGAAUUCGACGCUUGGAAACUACACAGCAGCCCCCUGGCCACUGUUCUAAGUGCUGUUCUACUAAACAAGGAAACAGUCAAGAGUCUUCAAAUACCACUAAGAAGGAUCAUGGGGGGAAAUUCAAGAUACCUAAAAUAUAUUUUGGGACACGCACACACAAGCAGAUUGCUCAGAUUACUAAAGAGCUCCGGAGGACAGCGUACUCAGGGGUCCCAAUGACUAUUCUUUCCAGCAGGGAUCAUACUUGUGUCCAUCCUGAAGUAGUCGGCAACUUCAACAGAAAUGAAAAGUGCAUGGAAUUACUGGAUGGAAAAAAUGGAAAAUCCUGCUAUUUUUAUCAUGGUGUUCAUAAAAUUAGUGAUCAACACACACUGCAGACUCUCCAAGGGAUGUCUAAAGCCUGGGAUAUAGAGGAACUUGUCAGCUUGGGAAAGAAACUAAAGGCCUGUCCAUACUACACAGCUCGAGAACUAAUAGGAGAUGCUGACAUAAUAUUUUGUCCCUACAACUAUCUUCUAGAUUCACAAAUAAGAGAAAGUAUGGAUUUAAAUUUGAAAGAACAGGUUGUCAUUUUAGAUGAAGCCCAUAACAUUGAGGACUGUGCUCGGGAAUCAGCAAGUUACAGUGUGACAGAAGUUCAGCUUCGGUUUGCUCGAGAUGAACUAGAUAGUUUGGUUAACAAUAAUAUACGGAAGAAAGACCAUGAACCCCUACGAGCUGUAUGCUGUAGCCUCAUUAAUUGGUUAGAAGCAAAUUCUGAACAUCUUAUAGAACGUGAUUAUGAAUCCUCUUGUAAAAUAUGGAGUGGAAGUGAAAUGCUCUUAAAUUUACACAGAAUGGGCAUCACUACUGCUACUUUUCCUAUUUUGCAGGGACAUUUUUCUGCUGUUCUUCAAAAAGAAGAAAAAGUCUCAGCAAUUUAUGGCAAAGAAGAGGCAAGAGAAGUACCUAUUAUUAGUGCUUCAACUCAAAUAAUGCUCAAAGGACUUUUUAUGGUGCUUGACUAUCUUUUUAGGCAAAAUAGCAGAUUUGCAGAUGAUUAUAAAAUUGCUAUUCAACAGACUUACUCCUGGAUAAAUGAGACUAAUACUUCAGAUAAAAACAUGCUCGUUGCUCUUCUUCCAAAAAACAAGAAACGUUCACGACAGAAAACUGCAGUGCAUGUGCUAAACUUUUGGUGCUUAAAUCCAGCUGUGGCCUUUUCAGAUAUUAAUGGCAAAGUUCGGACUAUUGUUUUGACAUCUGGUACAUUAUCACCAAUGAAAUCCUUUUCAUCAGAACUUGGUGUAACAUUUACUAUCCAACUGGAGGCUAAUCAUGUCAUUAAAAACUCGCAGGUUUGGGUUGGUACCAUUGGGUCAGGCCCCAAAGGUCGCAAUCUCUGUGCUACCUUCCAGCAUACUGAAACAUUUGAGUUCCAAGAUGAAGUGGGAGCACUUCUGUUAUCUGUAUGCCAGACUGUGAGCCAAGGAAUUUUGUGUUUCUUGCCAUCUUACAAAUUAUUAGAAAAAUUAAAAGAACGUUGGCUCUCCACUGGCUUGUGGCAUAAUUUGGAGUUGGUGAAGACCGUCAUUGUAGAACCACAGGGAGGAGAAAAAACUAACUUUGAUGAAUUACUGCAGUUAUACUAUGAUGCGAUCAAGUUUAAAGGAGAGAAAGAUGGGGCCCUCCUGGUAGCAGUGUGUCGUGGUAAAGUGAGUGAGGGUCUGGAUUUCUCAGAUGACAAUGCCCGUGCUGUCAUAACAAUAGGAAUUCCUUUUCCAAAUGUGAAAGAUCUACAGGUUGAAUUAAAGCGAAAAUACAAUGAUCAUCAUUCAAAAUUGAGAGGUGUUUUAUCUGGCCGUCAGUGGUAUGAAAUUCAAGCAUAUAGGGCCUUAAAUCAGGCCCUAGGUAGGUGUAUUCGACACAGGAAUGAUUGGGGAGCUCUUAUUCUGGUGGAUGAUCGCUUCAGGAGUAACCCAAAUCGCUAUAUAUCUGGACUUUCUAAAUGGAUACGACAACAGAUUCAGCACCAUUCAACCUUUGAAAGUGCACUGGAAUCCUUGGCUGAAUUUUCUAAAAAGCACCAAAAGGUCACGAAUGUAUCCAAAAAGCAAGGAAAGUAUAUACAGAACAAUGAGUCUACACUUGAAGUUACCUGUUUGAAGGAUAAUACUCCAACUUACUUAUUGGAAGCAGCAAGUCAUCUAUCACCAGAAAAUACUAGGGAAGAGGAAGCAAAAAUGUGUGUCCAGGAACCACAAAGUCCUGAAAUGAUUACUAAAAAUCCAUAUCUACCAAGCGACAUCAUUUCCAGAAAGGAGAAAAGUAGGAAAAGUUCUGCCCAUUUACGUUUGCUAGAGAAGUCUUUUAUUAUAUUUAGUGAAAUGAUAUUUAUUUGGGUAUAG